UUCGCGUGCGCUUGCCGUGCAGGUGCGUACCGUGCGCGCGGAUGCCACUAAUAAGUUUUGUCAACUGCCACGGCGUUGGUGUAUGCGUCCAGCGAUGUAGCGCCCGUAAGCGCUGCGUGUUCGGUGUAGAUGGAGCUUGUCACUUCUCGCAAACACUGCACACGACAGCUGCUGUUCGCCCUCGGCGUCGUUACGGUGCUCGUCAUCCUCUACGCCAGUCCACGCGAGCUGCGCAACGCAAUCGGAGGUGGUGCAUCCCGGGAUUCAGUGCGACAGAGUGCCGUGACAUCGUACCACAACAACAGCAGCAGCAGCAACAACAAUGCCAGCGCAUGGAAGUUUCCGAUCAGAGUGCUGGGACGCUUUCGACACGAGUCGAGAGCCAAUGCCACCAUCGACUUGGACUACUCCGACCAAAUGGUGCACGUGCUGCUCAUUUUCACGAACGUUCGCGAAGCGAGUAACAUGCGCGAGAAGCUGUCCAUCUGCCUCGGCUCUCUGAUCGCCCUGAGCAGCGUCCCGCUUCGAGUCUACAUCGUCACGGACGGCCCCAGCGCCGAUGUGGCCCGGCAGGUUCUCGCGGACGCCUCCGCCAAGGCCUCUUCGGAUGUGCUGGCGGAGCUUGUGCACGUGGAUGACAUGCUGGCUCCUCUCCAGGACCUGAUGUCCUUCAUGCAGCCCCACUUCAGCUCCGCAGGUUACUACAGCAAGAAGCUCUUCUUCCUGUCUACAGGCGUACAUCGGCUGUUUCCUGCAGAGGUCCGUCGCCUCAUCCUUCUGGAUGUUGAUCUCCAGCUGCGCUCAGACAUUGCUGUCCUGCAUCGCCACUUUGCCCUGUUUCCUCCGGGCACCAUCAUGGGGCUGGGGCACGAGCUUCAGCCUGUGUAUCGUCACGGUCUGCACAAAUAUCGGCAGGAGCAUCCGGGUACCCAGUGCGGCGAGCCUCCGCCACGUGGAAACCCCGGGUUCAACAGCGGCGUACUGCUCAUCGAUCUCGAGGCCGUUAGGAACUCGUCCACCUACAAGAAACUCCUCAGUGCUGAGGGAGUCCAGUUUCUGGUCAAGAAAUACAGCUUUCGAGGCAACCUCGGAGACCAGGACUUCUACUCGCUCCUUGGCUGGGAGUGCCCCGAGCUGUUCUACGUGCUUCCGUGCACGUGGAAUCGACAGCUGUGCGAGUGGUGGAGGCAUCACGGCUACGCAGACGUUUUUGACGAGUACCACAGGUGCAACGGUACUGUUCACAUUUAUCACGGGAACUGCAACUCUUCCAUACCAUCGAUGAGAUGACAGUGGGAUGUCCCACUUCGUUGUUGGCAUGUGCGAAGUGUGCGGAGGUGCGAAAUGGGACACACACUUUAAGGUUAAUAAUUCAGUGUAAAAUUAAGCUCUUCUAAUUUCGCAGUCAUACUUCUGUAGUUCCAUGUAUGCCAACUGAGCCGCCCAAGGCUGCGAGCAUGCAUCUUGUUUUGAAUACUCGCAACUACGUUCACAGUCACUGUGACCACAAUGGGCUAAGAGUUCCAGAGCAGUGGCGUCUGCAAACACUGACUAAACGUGCAAGCAUUACACAUUAUCUCCACAGUGUAUGUGUUGCCAUGUAGUAGCCUUAUUCAUGUGAACUACAAGGUGUGUAAAUGCAAUCCACUGUGUUUUUAUCUAGUCACAGGCUAUUUGUUUAUAGACAAUUCUUGUUCUUUGUUGCCCUUUGCCAUAUUUUAUGGCUGCAGGUCCAUCAUAUUCAGUGGAAGGAAGCAGCUAGCACUUGUUUUCUUGCAUCUUUUUUUUUUUAUAUGAUGUCGUGAAACUAGCAGAUGAGAUCAAAACUUUUUCUCUUUGUUAACUUUUAGUAGUGCAGCUUUCUUAUCGUAGAAGUGUUGUUUCAGUUUUUUUAUGUUGACUCGGUAGCUACGCUAUUGCCCCAAGUGCGUGUUUGCAUGGUUUGCGUUGUUCCUUACCUACUAUAGGUAACCGUCAUGUAUUCAUAUGAGUGACUGUUUAUUGAGGAGGUAUUUUUUGUUCAAGUGAAGAACCUGACUGUGUUAAGUUCUGUUUAGCGACAGACAUUUUCGUAGCAAUCUUUGCUUUUUACUGGUUUCCAAUAAUAUUACGUAGAGCACCUCGUGCGACAUUAAAAAAUAUUUUUUGUUCGAAGCACACAUGAACUGCACCUGAAAAAGAAAACAAGAAAUCCAAACUUGGAGUACAAUUUCACCCCGCAACGUUAUGUGGUUGCCAAAGGUUUUGUAGUCCCCAAACUAAGCAUGCGUGCCGUAAAAGUGAACAUGACCUACAGCUUCCUGAAAGAAAGUUAGUAGGUUACUCUCACCAAAUUAGGCUGGUACUUAACUUGUACAGGUAGCAUUGGAAUGAUGGUUAGUAGUGUACAUGGAUUUGUUACUCUUUGCCGAAUCGGGCUUGGCUUCAGAUAUUUUACAGUGGUAGCUGUUACUAACUCGCUUCCUUGGUCGAUUUGAUGUUCGUCAGUGCCGUGGCUGUAAUCACUGAAUCGUUUGGGAGAAAAUUAGAAAGAGAAGAAAGAAAAAUUCUCUUUGUGCCACAAUGAUUUGAACUGAUGACAACCAAGUUCGCAGUUCAGGAUUGUACCUCUCAUUCACUCUGGUAAUGCUACGGCAGGGGAGAAUAAAAGGGGAGCGGCGCAUAGACAAUGUAGACGUAGAGUGGUUUGAAAUCAUAGCUGGGCAAAUAACUGCAGAGAAACCAAAUGCAACAUCUAAUCAAUACAAAAUCAAUACAGUGUACAAUAUACAAUGUCAAAUCACGCAAUCACUGCAAUGGUACUGGAUACUGCGACCAUGCCAGCAGUUGCCCUGAUUGGCCAACGCCCGCUGAACAAUUGUACACUGAAUAAAGCUGGCAUCUGUGCCUUCUUCCUGUUCUAGCAUGUCGCCUUCCCAAUGGCCAAGGAAGUCCUAAAAGAAGUUUUCUUCUACAUGUAACGACAAUGAUUCAGUACAUCUGCUUUAUCUUCGUCUUCUUCUAGCACUCGGCUUCUUUUCAUGCUCACUGGAUGGCACUGACGACAUUGUUUCCUGUAUCAUGGUUAGCAUGAGGCCUCUUAAUUGAUAGCGUGAGGCCUAUUAAUCGGGAAGCUCUAAUGUAAACUUGACAAAAGCUGAACUAAUCCAGUAGCAAGAGGCUAAAGGGUUGUUUAAGCAAAUAUACCUGUGGCUAAAUUCAGAUAGAUGAGAGAAGGAAGAAGAGCCAAAUUUUUCUGCUCCACGACAGGAGGUGCAGCUUCCACAAACGAAUGACUCGCACUUUUUUUUAAUUCUCAAAAGAAGAUUGCUCUUGCACCGGUGAAUAUAGUGGAACCCACGAAUAACUAAACCUCCGGGAAAGAAAAUUUUUUUCAUUCAUACGAGAAUGUCGCUGUUGCGAAAAUGGACAAAUAUGCACACCUAUUACUUUCCAGAACAAAAAUUUAAUCAGAAAGGUUGCUUAUUUUGUAGCCGCUUAUUUUUUAGAAAGUGAGUUGCAUGGGAUACUGAACUCCUCCACAAUAUCUGACUUCUUCCUCCCUUUCGGAGAUGAUCGCAGACUUCUCCUGAAGCAUAGAAAAGUUGCGCUCUUUAACAGGAGGUGGCAUCUUUCUGAGAGGCCAAACAAAACACAGGAUGUAAGCAAGGUGCGGGUUAUCUUGGCAUGCAUGCAGCAAACGGUGAGACUGUGUGGCAGCAGGCAAUCUAUGGGGCAGUGUGGUCAGGUGAAACGUGAAGUGCCUACAUAGUUGUCAACAGAUGAGCUAGCAAAACGCGAUAUUUAGUGAACAUACAAAAUCUCAUUGCUAUAAUUAUCAUUAUCCAAUCAAAUAUAAAUGGUAGUAGCCGUGCCGAUGGAUAGCUGUGCUGCUGCAAUUUUCCUAGUUUGGGGCUCCCAACUGGCUCAUGUGCCAAAUAAAUCUAGAUCACUGCCUCAAAGUUUUGUUAUAGUGGGACAGCUUUUUAAAGGGGCCCUGAACCGCCCCUCGGGCUUGGUGAAAUAGCAUAGUGCGCCGGUAGCAUUCACUGCUGUGGGCAUCUCAGCCAAGUUUUGCUUUUGUACACUGCACGUGGAGCUCAAAAGCGGCUCGCGAAGUCACCUUUCUCUCAAAUGCUCGCUUUUCAGCAGAAAGCCCUGUUCUCAUUCUCUUCUAGACGCACUAUUUCGUCAUCGGAUGCACUAGUUCGUCAUUGCCUUCGACGGCUGCUAUUGGCCAUAGCUGAUAUCAAGCUGCGGUCAGCUACAUAGCUGAGAUACUGCGGCCGCCGCGGGGUGCCGCCACGAGUCCACUGGCUAAGUGCACUGUCGCUCGCCGAGGACAACCGCGCUUUGCCUAUGUUUAGCGCGUCGUAGGCACCAAAGGCAGAAGUCAUGACGUUUAUGUUAACAUCCAAAAUGAAAUUUGAACUGCGUGCCACGGUGACGUUUAGAAAGCGCGGCGUUGUGAGCACACCCACUUCACCAUAGCCUUCGCAGUGCAAGGCAUUAAAGAAGGAAUGGGAGCACAGCGGAGGCCGUGUUUGAUUGCCAAUAACUCCGCUUCUGCUGAACAUGUUGAAGUACUUUUUGCGACAAGGCAUUUUUGAAAUAGUCUAUUUUCACUUCAAAUGCCUUUCUCCACUUUGAUAAGAAGUGGUUUAGGGCCUCUUUAAAACUCAUCAUUUUUGAGAGGGGGGCAAAUGCACUGAACUCAAUGGACGUUCGCCAGGGUUGCCAGAUUUCUUCGUUGCCUAGAGAAUUUCGUUCUUGAGGGUUUUCGUUAUUGAGGGGUUCAACUGUAUUCACUCCCACAAACAUUGCAAGAAGCAAUCGAAGGCUUCCUGCACCAGUUGUCAUCAAUUUUACGAGCUAUUGUGUCACUGCUUCACGUUACGGGUGAAACUAAAUUUUUUUGUGACACCAUUUCUUACACUUCAGCUUUUUAGAUUUCUGAGCACUCAUAACUUUCUAAACAAUUAGACAGGCAUUUAGUCUCCAUGCACAUAUCUAAUUGUUGCACAUUGUUGCAUUUAUACCGCAAUGGUAUAUUACCAGUCACAAAUUCGUUCGAAGCCAGAAGGAUUAAGUUUAGGCAAAUCCAUGUAACACCUAUCAUUCCCAUGUUGACUGAACCACCAUACUUGCAGCUUCCAUAGGCAGUAGUGCCCUCUAGUAAUUUUUGUAGGAAACUUCGUACAAAUGGAAAUGUGCUGUAGUUAGCUGCAACCUGUUUGCUUUUAAUGUGUCUAUUAUAAAGCAGGUCACUGACAUUGCAUCAACCCGCUGAAGAGCUUGAAAUAGCCAUGCUCCAUGCUUGCUUGUCUACCAUACUUAUGGAGCAAAGGUCACAAGUGUGUUGCUCUCACACUUGCAUGCAGUGUGAGUUUCUGUUCGCAACCCAGCAGAAGUGUCGUACUGUGUGAUACGUUAAUAUGUGUCUGACUUGCAGUGUAGUAUACAGCACCGUUGACGCACUGGCUACAGCUAGGUGCGAGCUGCUGGCAGCCGCACCUGGUGGAUGCAUGUUGCCAUGGGGAGACAUUUGCAUUUAUGAGAGUGAUAAAAAAAAUUCACUUCACGAACGAAGCACACUGUGCCCAGUUAAUUUCUCCAAACCGUUCAGUUAUGAGAAUUAACGGGAUGCAAUGGAUGCUAUGCGAAACCUGCCAAACAUGCAAGCAUGCUCGUGUACUCGGAUUUAAGUGCACGCGGAAGAACCCUAGGCGGUCAAAAUGAGUCCCGAGUAAUGUGGUGUGCCCCAUAAUUAUAUAGUAGUUUUGGCAUAUAAAACCUCUAAAUUAAAUUUGGUUUGGAAUUGUAAUUAGGGGGUCAAAAUCCUGGCUAGUGACAUUCCUGCUGCCCUCCAUUUUCCUGCACCGUCCAAGCUUUCGUGUUGCUUGCAUGUCUCAACCUUAAGGUUGCUAAUGGAAACGAGGCCAUGCUGACUGGGGCAAGUUAGGUGUACAAGAAAGCCCACUUGGGGGAUUUCGCAUACCAUCCAUUGUGCUCGUAAAAUUUAUCACUUGUGUUGUAUUUCACUGAAUCACUGCCUCCUGUAAGUGUUCCUAACUACUAACACAUGUGCAAAGUAAUUUUUUAAUGAAGUGCACAUUGUGUUUUUAUUGCAGCAAAGACAGCAGCAUGCAAACAUAACUUUCUUUUACUGCGAACAGAGAGUCCUGCAUAAAGGUUCAUGGAAUGUUCAAGUGUGUGAGUGUGCAUGCUUUCAGUGUUGCGGCUGCGGAUUAUUCUUUCAUAUUUUGUGUGCCAUAGCUCAAGCCGCAAACAUAGCAGUGGAACCUAAAGACAACACUCUUGAGUGCUUGCUGCUCCAUAAAAGCAUGUGCGUGCCAUUUGCUAUAUACGGUAGCAGUGUUUUGCUCGUCAGAUGCCAGACGGCACUCCCAGAACAGGCUCAGAAUUUUCUAACCAUCCUCGGCUUCCCAGCUAGACAUAGUGCGCCUGGCAUGCAGCUAAAAUGUUCGAAUGUUCAAAUUGGAUGUGUCUCCAUAUUGCCAUGCCGUAUCAAACAUUGUGAAGUGCUGUGUUCAAAUAUUGCAGUGUUUGAUUUCCUCCCGUUUUGUAAUUUUGCUUCCUUAACAUUGCUGUCCAGCUUUACCAACUGCAGUGUCUGUGGCAUCGAGGUUCCAGGUUUGACCCUUGGCUAGGCGGCCGCAUCUUAAUUGGGGCAAAAUUUGAAAGAAAACUUGUUUACUUUGAACUUAGGUGCGUGUUAAAGAACCGCAGGCUGUCAAAAUUAACCUAGAGCCCCUAACUGUGGUUUCUGUCUUAGCACCCGGGUUUAUUGGCAACAUGAAUCUCAUGAAUCAGUCAGCGAGUUUGUCCUGGUGCUGAAGAGCAAGUUAUACUCCAGCGUUUUCAGCUCACCGAACUGCACUGACCGAAGCUAGCCACCUUGUGUUGGCGGUGCUAAACUUAGCGAAAGUUCUACAUUCUACAUACACUGCGACCGGCCACAACUUCGCCAACAGCGCGCAUUUCCACAGCAGCUGUUGCAGAGAGCACAGAGAGCCACAUUUGCAGGGGCGCACUCUGACUGGGCCAUUCUUUCCAACUGUCCACGAAGAAUGCCAGGGCGCUUGGCUGACAUGGCCCAUCAUGGCUGAUUAGAAAUAGGAGAGGAGUUCUCUAUGCAUCGGCGACAUUAGAAUGCGCCUCAUGGCGUGAGUUAUGCCGGCUGCAUCAUACCGCUGGAGUAGAAAAAGUUGUUUGCUACCCUCACGUCACUGAUUCUGACCCAUGCGACUGUGUGCAUGACGCUGGAGUACGACCUUUUCUUAAGCGAAAGGUUUAGCUUGGGCUCUCUCAUUUAAUUACAUUAGAACAGAGAAAUUGUUAAAAAUGAAAUUAAAUUAUGGGGUUUUACGUGCCAAAACCACUUUCCGAUUACGAGGCACGCCGUAGUGGAGGACUCCGGAAAUUUCGACCACCUGGGGUUCUUUAAUGUGCACCUAAAUCUAAGUACACGGGUAUUUUCACAUUUCGCCCCCAUCGAAACAGAGAAAUUGUUUUCCUCGGCAUUCAUUAAUCUGAUCAGGAUAAAAUUUGUUGCAUUUAAAAGGUAAGGUUAAAAUUUCUUAGUUGUUGUUAGUGAAUUUUUCAUUUAGGCUUUCAGUUUAAUUUUUCUUUCGCAGAUGUUGUUGAAACCAGGAGAAUAAAUAUGAAGCAUCGAAUUUAUGACCAACCUUACAGCAAAAAUAAAUUGCAAUAUUGUGAACUCAUAAAACUACAGUAUAUAAAGUGGGAAAAAGUUGGUGCAAUGCAUACCACUUGGAAUCGCGCCUCGAAUUUGUGAGCAGGACUUCUGCAAAAUUGAUCUGAAACAAUGUCAUGUGGGCUCUUACCUUAUAUACGUCUCCUUCUCGCACUUUCAUAGAUGCAGUGUACGGGUAUCCCUUUUCUGUAGAAAGUCAUGGGAGUCGUAAAUUUAGUGCUAUGAUUCUUUUUUAUUACACAUCGGCAGCUUAAGGCAUAAAUAAACAUUCUGGCAUUUUUAGAUACAACUAAUUUAAUUUCAAACCAGUUCACCAAUUAAGGAGAGUUUCUUUGUUUGGCUGUAUGAGGAGGCACUUAAGUAAAGAAACGGACUUGUACUGGAUAGGCAACAAAAAGUGGUGCUAUGGGUGUGGCUCUGUAACCAAACAGGUUUUCAGGCAUUUGAACAUGCAUGAAAACAGGCAUGCAUUUCAGGCAUUUCAGCUAUUUUAACAUGCCUUUGUAGCAAUUGCUAGAAUGGGGUGGAUGUCUCAUUUUCCCUUUAUUAAUUUCUUCUCUCCAACUUGUGGGUUUCCGCAGAACUAUUACGUCGAACUCUUGCCUUUGCUUCAAAUUGUGGAUGAAUUCAACUGCGCCCUACCAUCUGUAGCCACCUGGUUAGUUCAGAUGGUAGAGCGACUGCCCCGGAAAGGUUGUGGUCCCGGGUUCGAGUCCCGGACCAGGACAAAUUUUUCUUCAACUGCGAGGCUUUUCUUUCGGUGAACCCAUAUGGGUUUCCUUUGUAGCCAUUGCUACGAUUGGGUGGAUGUCUAGUUUUCCCUUUAUUAAUGCUUUUCUCAGCAAGAUAAAAAAGAAAGUAUUGCAAAAAGUUCGUUAGUCUUAACCCAAUGGUCUUUGUUUCUUCUUUAUUUUUUAUUUUUUUUUUUGCCUUUGUGGAAUUGUGCAGUGGGAAUUGGCUCCUCUUGGACUGGCAGUCUGCACAAUUUUACUUGGAAGUGUUGAGGCUAUUGAGAGAGUGCGCGAGGGAAGCGUGAAAAAUUGCGGAAUGCAGCGAUUCGUUUGUCCAUCACAGCAGCACCCCAGCUGACAAUGGUUCGUUUGUGACGUGGUAUCAGGCCUCUUGGGGAUGGGCCGGCAUUCCCUGCCUACUGUAGUGAUUGAACCGAGCUGCCUCUGACUUUUAUCUUAAUUUCCUUGCUCGCUACAAAGAAGAGCUUCAAGAAAGCUUCACAGGUGCCUCUCAAGAGUUUUGAGCUUGAGGAAUUCUAGAGCUGCUUGGAACAUUGAGAGGAAAUGGUGGGCAUGUGUAUUGACUCCAGUGGGGUUAUUUUGAAGAGAGCUAGGUGCUUUUUUUUUUUUCUAAAUGUAAAAUAAUGUUUCUUUUUGGAAUCAGUUUAGCUUUUUGGGGGGUGCAGCUUCAUAUGGGAUAUGGCUAAAGAAAUAAGAGUCGGCCUCACGCUGGACUUUUCAGUGAAAGCCAUGCACAUUUUCAGGAAUCUCAGCAGUAUUGGUAAUGCUGAGUCCUCAUUUAUAAGUAAUAGUUUUCUGGGCUGUUCAGAACAGUGUCCAUUAUGCUUGUUCAGGCUUUCUGCUCACUCUUCAGCAUAACAGUAAAAAAUAGAAUUAGGCAAUAAUUUAUUCUCAGCAUUAGAGAAACUUGGUAUAUAUGAGCACUUCCCUUGAAAUUCAGUUGGCAUCAUUAACAGCAAUAGUAAACGUACCUGCCUUACAAUUUUAUGUUUAUCUUCUGUUACUCUGUAACUGUCCUGUGCAAUUGCAUUGUGUGUUGCCCGCUUUGUAUUCAGCAUGUUUCAUUUUGCCCAUGUUACACAAUCGAAGUUGAACCUUGGAAGUUCCCUUUGCAGCUUUAAGCAUGAAUGCAUGUUUUCUUAAGCUGAUUGUUUUGGAAACAUACUGCCAGUUUUGAAUUUGUUCCUCGCUAAGUUUUGCCUCGAAGCUGUCACUUUUUUGUCUAUAAUCUACAUUUAAUAUGUUGUUUUUAGAAGCAUUUCUUUAAUGCCCUGUGUUUGAAAGAGUGUUGUUUUAGCAGUUUUCGUAUUGUACCUGCUAACCUGCCUCACUUUAAUUUUUUUUACUUUGUGGUCAUGUUUAUUCUUGUGUACCUUUGCUGGAACUGUUGUGUAAGUGCUUAAAAGGACUUGUUGGUGGCAUCUUUGGUGUAUGCAUGACAUAAAUAAUGAGUGCUAAAAAUGAAGACAGCACACAAAAAAUGUGGAGGGGGUGACGAUUGCCCUUUGUCCACCCCAUUCUUCUUUGGGUUCUGCUUGUUUUUAGCACUCAUUAAUUGUUAAUUGUCAUGUGUAAGCGCUUGUAAGUAAUGGCUUGUUUUUUUUUGUUUUUUUUGCCAUUUAUAACUGUGUGGAUUGUUCUUGGUGGUGCAUUAGCUGGCAGUUUUUUUUUCUUUCAUUUUCAUUAUGAGGACUGAUUGUGCGUGGCCUUCUGUAUGUUUCAGUUACAUAUUUUAAUUUCCUGAAUCUGCCUUGUACAGAAAAACUAAUGUAUGUUUACUAUAGAUGUAUAAGGACUUUUUAUUUGUUGCAAUGACAAAGUAAUGUAUUUUUGUGUCAGUGUACAUUAUGACUGAUGUGCAAGAUAUUGUUGGAAAUGUCAUGCAGUUUGCAAAGAGCAGCUGUUGGUGCAUGAAUUAUUAGCUCUGCAAGAAAGCCUAAGUAGCUUUAAUACAUGGAAAUUAUUCUUGCAUGUCUUUUAGCAGGAUGUGAAGUAUGAAACAUAGCUGGCUGUAAAAGAAGCUAACACCUUUUGUAAUAAGCUCAUGAUGUAUACUUUCAGUGUGACAUUAAGAGCAAUAUUAAUGCCGUCAUGCUUUCUCUUCUUUUUCUAGUGCUACAUUGACCGGUUCCUACUUGUGUUCAAGUGCAUUAACAGCUGUCGGAUAUACUGAGUGCUUCUGCGUCGACUGUCUUCAUUUAUUAUCUGGCAGUGGGGUGCAAACACCAGAAUUUGCGCAGUAAUCACACAUACAGUCAAUAAUUAUCUCAGUUUCACUUAACAUACCUUAUAAAUAUAUAUAACUUAGGGCAUAUGUUGUUGUUCCGAAACUGAAACCAAUUAGUGCUCAAGUCACAUCCAUUUAGUAAAAAUUCUGAGACUAGAAACAGCUCUGAGGUAUCUUGCCCAAUGUUUUCUGUGAAAUACAUUGGUGUUCUGGUACAUAGUCUUGACCAGUAGAGCUUAAACAAAGCAUCACGAAAAUAAGGAGAUUGCAAAUGCAUUUUUUUGCAAGUUUUGAGACAGAGUCUCGAAACUGGCACACGAAGGUCCCAGUAUUCCUGCUAAAUUUAUAAGUUUAAUAGGUACUUUAUAUUAAUUUGUUAGUAAUCUUAUUGGCAUAAAUGUUGAUGUCUUCCAAAGCUGUGUAUCUUGACUAACAUAAAGGAGCACAUUGCCUUAUCUGCUUGUUUUAAUAAUUGGAGAUGGUUGUUGCAACACCUUGUUAUUGAAUGCCCUGAGAAUUGCUUUAGCAGAGUACAAAAGGCUAUAUAGUGUAUAAUGUUCCAUGCAUAUACAGCAAUACAAUCGUAUCAGAAGGCAAGCAAACAGAUGCAUUGCAGGCUAUAGGCAUCGAUUUCUGCAGGUACUGGUGUUGAAAGCAGGGAGGGGAACACAAGGGCUACAGUGUUUUGUUCCAGAUAUGUGGCAAAAUUCACUUGAUGUCAGAUACCAUGGCACGUACAUUUUUGCAUUGUACAAAACAGCUAGCUGUUACCGAUUGGCAUGAUGAGACAUUUUAAAAUAGGAAAGAUCACACACAGGGCCCAUUUUUCUUUAUUCUUCCAAAAGAAAUUCAGACACAGUACUGCCUAGAGCAAAUGGCCAUAAGUUUCAUGAACAACAUUUAAAGUUAUCCUGUGCGCACUCUCUUGCCAGUGUCUGCUUAUGACACCAAAUUUUGUGCCAUGUUGUAUCUGAUACAGAACAUUUAAUUUCUAAAAAGUGUACAUCUGAAGCAAUGUACCUUAAAAAAAGCAACAUUUUUCCAUUUCAUUUCCUUUCGUAACAGACAUUAGUUGCUGACCUAGUAAUUAUAGUAUGAAAACUUAAUACCUCAAGAGUGUAACAAAACAGUUACGUCUUCUGGUGCGACUGAUUCGAACACAUGCCAGGUGUAUUGUGGUGUGUAGCAGGCUGCAGGUUACGACAUGAAAAUUGGCACUGGUGGUCUGAAGUGCCGCACACUCGUGAUACGCGCAAUGCUUGGCCCAGCGAAACGGCCUCCUGAGCCAUAUUGUGGUCAUGCUGCCAAAAGCUGAUUACACCGAGCACUCGAUAGGCUAAGGUGGGAGAGAAGGUGAAAGAGGUACUCUGCGUUUCUGUGGAAGUGACAGCUGAGGCAUGGCCUAAUUCCCUGUCGAAAUUGAAGAUGCGCAGAACAGGAGACGAUGGAAGAGCCAAUAUGGAGAUGCACAACCGGCCUUUGGCAACACAGUAAUUGUGUAGCGUUUGGCCACUGCACUAAGCUCAUUGGCAUACUGGCCACUAAUUUAUUAUACCACCCAAAUGACCCCUCCAGUUUUUUCACGGUAUAACCUGCUUGUUGUUCCAUACCCAUAGCAUUGCUGCACUUAGUGUGGAUACCAAACUGGUUGCAUUCAAAGACAAUGUUGUUGUUUUUUUCAUGUUGGAGAAAUUGAUGCCUUGUGCCUUACUUGUGCAUCGACAGCUUCGUAAUCAAGAAAAAAAAGAAAAUUAGACAAUAUACUUUCUUGGGAGUGCGCCUUUAAAUUUAGUAAUUGCUAGAAUAAGAGCACCACAAGAAGAGCUCAAGCUGUGUGCUAUGUGUAAGCUUGUGCCAGAUGCUAUGUUUCUGCCAUCUAUAUUUGCCUUGUGAGCAAGUGCCAUUACUAGGAGUGUCAGCGCUUGUUUCCUAGCUAUGCCAUGAGAAGUGCUAAUGCAAUGCUCUGAUUGCCUGUACAUCGAAGUGCCAUUUCUCUGUAAAGAGAUCAUAUUCAGUGAAAUAUAUUUUGUGUAUAUCUGCAUUAAGCCAAACUACAAACUGUGCAUUAAAAUAUAGAUUAUUUUCUUUGAA